AACUCGCGCUGCACGCAACUCGGUCUACAGACCGCAGGCACCUCCCCUCCCUCCUCCCUCCUCCCUCCUCCCUCCUCACCCCCUCUCUUUGCUUGCCGGAUGCGGGUGCCGUCUCUCUGCGCUUCAUCUCGUUCCAGACGGUGCUCGUGCCAGAUGGUGCUCGUGCGAGCGAUGGCUCGUAUAGCGUCUCGCUGCACAUCGGUCUUACGCAGGCCGCACUCCCGAAUCCCACUUCGUACUCUCCCCACCCUCCCUUUGCUGUCCCUUCGCUCACCUCCCUCUACCCCUCCUCCGUGUCUUUACUUCCCUCCUCCGCGUCGUCCUUUCCCCUCCUCCUUCCUCCUCCCUCCUCCCUCCUCCCUCCUCCGCCCCCCUCCUUGCUUGCCGGAUGCGGGUGCCGUCUCUCUGCGCUUCAUCUUCCGUUUUCUUGCGCUUCGUAUCGCGUCUCGCUUCGCUUCGUCUCCCGUUUCGCCCCGCUUCGGUCUUACGCAGGCCGCACUCCCGAAUCCCACUUCGAACGACACACUCAGAGGGUUAGGGAGAGGGCUGUGGAUAUUGGGGCGCGAGUUUGAGGGUGGAUAUUGGUGCCGGGGACGAGGGCGGGGAGGAGAUUGAGGGCGGGGAGGAGAUUGGGGGGAAGGGGAAGCUGAUGGGGGUGCGAGAGAGAGAGAGGCUGGGGGUGGGGGUCGAGGGGGAGCUGGAGAGGUUGAGGGGGAGAGGGAGAGGGCUGUGGAUAUUGGGCCGUGCGAGGGGUGGGCUGGAGAGGUUGAGGGGGAGA